UCAGCUUUUAAACUGAUAUCACUUGCUAUCAGUUUUGUUUCGUUGUGACUUCGAAUAAGUUGUGAGGUAGAAUUUUGAUUAUUUUAUAUUGGAUACAAAAUGCUCCAGGAUAAUUCUGUACGGAAUUUACAAUAUGAUCGAGAAAUUCGUGUUGCCCAACAGCCGAGAUUUGAUCCCACAGUUUUUGAAGGGCCAACAAGUAUCACCUCAGUCCCUCGAGAACCUCAAGGUAACUUGCGUAUUCCCCUGCCUGUAUCAACUAUAGAAAACCAACCAACAAAUGGAAGUCGAACUUAUAUCCCAUUAUCGGGCUAUGAUAUUUUAGCUGAUUUGCCAUCGGUUCAUAUUGAACAGACCUUUGAGUUGAAUGCAACUCUCACAUCAGUGUCUUCAGAAAAUCGCUAUACAGUACGAUCACCCUUUGGAGACGCCAUAUUUUCUGCAUCUGAAAGUUCAACAUCUAAUCAUCGUUUGUGUUGGGGUUCCAACCGGCCAUUUCAAAUGCAUAUACUGGACAAAACUCACCAAGAGGCAUUAUCACUGCAUCGAGAAUUAGCCUUGGGUAUGCUUUGCUGCCAGCCAAAGAAUUUAGAAGUCUGGGCACCACCUGGAGAUCUUUUGGGGAGAAUAGUUCAAAUACCAUCGGUGUUGGUGCCUGAAUUUGUAAUAGAAAACGAAUUCCAUGAUCAUUUGUAUCGGAUCGAGGGUCAGAAUAAUGCUGGAUUUUGUUGCUUUUGUCCUCCAAAGGAGACAUAUUUUAAGAUUUAUAAUGGCAAUGAUAUGAGUGCUUCAAUUCAUCGAAAAUGGUCACAGAGGAGCUCACAAUACACAACAAAUAUCUAUUAUAGCGAUCCAAGUAUGGAUAUUAAAUCGAAAGCAUUGUGCUUAGGAGCGGCAUUUUUAAUGGAAUAUCUUUAUUUUCAAUCUAAAUUUUAAGAGGAUACGCGUUGAAGGAAAAUUCAAAUACUGUAACAAAGUUUUAUUUUUUAUUUAAAUUGAUGAGCAAUAAAGAAAUUAAUUUGAUUUUUCUAUUUUUCCAAAAUAAGUGAA